GUCGCUGAGUACGUCCGCCGCGACGACGGCGUGGGACCCUGCGGCGUCCCGCAGUACAACUACGACAUGUGUCAGGACCAGCUCGUUGGGGUUACGGUGAACAGCACUAUUCCCGUUUUUGGCCAAGCUCAAUUCGACUACCUGCCCCCGGCUUGCAUGGAUCUUGCCGGCUUCAUCGUCGGUUCCUGCAAUGCGCCCGAUGGCCCGAUUCCGGUUCCUUGCGGCUCGGCUUGCAUGCUUUAUAUGGACAUGACUAGUGACCACUACACGAAGCUCGCUCUGGCACUU